AUGUUUGCACGUCAGAUGCCUCUUCGCCUGGCCAGCGCGGCUGGACGAUCGCUGAAGGUCGCUCAGGUGAGUCUUGCGAGGCUUGCUUGCUGCUCUAGGUUGAUAGCGAGGGGCUUGAGCGAUGCCAGCUUGGGCUGAAGGAUGCUCAGGUCGACCACGUUGAUUGUGCGCGCCCUGAAGGGCCAGUGGGUAUCGUCACCUGCUUAUCGGCGCCUCGAAGAGCCUGCCUCAUGCACGAGCCAAGCAGCCUGCCGAGCUUGCUGUUGCGCGACCGUGUGGGGUCAUUCUUUGCGCGGGGCAACGAUACGAUUGCCAAGGGUGCAAGCUCGAUCGCAGCGAAGCGAGUUGCGCAUCUCAUCACUUAUACAGCCGCUGCCUCAGUGCAUGGAGCUUCAAACUUACCAUCAUCAAUCAUCUCACAGCGACCCGUCAGCUUCGUCGCUCCCACCUCCUCCGCACCUCUUCGCGCCUUUAGCAGCUCUCGCAUCAUGUCGCAAUCCUUCAGGACUGAAAAGGACACGUUUGGUGAUCUCCAAGUCCCCUCGGACAGGUAUUGGGGAGCUCAAACACAGAGGUCUCUGCAGAAUUUUGACAUUGGUGGAGCUCAAGAGAGAAUGCCUUUGCCCCUCAUCCAAGCCUUUGGUGUGCUCAAAAAGGCAGCGGCUGCAGUCAACCAGACAUACGGAUUGGACCCAAAAAUUGCAGACGCGAUUCAAAAAGCUGCUGAUGAGGUGCGCACCAAUUCAGGCUCACACUUGUCUGCCUUGUCCGAGCUACAUCAGCGUGCUGAAGCUUUCUUGCGACCCUGCCUCUCCUCUCUGUACAGGUCAUCAGCGGCAAGCUCGAGUCCCACUUUCCUCUCGUCGUGUUCCAGACUGGAUCAGGAACGCAGACAAACAUGAAUGUCAACGAAGUCAUUAGCAACAGAGCCAUCGAGCUCCUGGGAGGCGAGCUGGGAAGCAAGAAACCCGUGCAUCCCAACGAUCAUGUCAAUAUGAGCCAGAGCAGCAACGAUACGUGAGUGGCAGUAUAUCGACUCUAUCGAAGGCAUGUAUGCCGUCGCGACCGAACCCUCGUCACAGCUUUGCUGUGUCAGCAAGUAUCCACUGAACGGGAUCCACUCUUGUACGUCUCUCUGCUCAGCUUCCCUACCGCUAUGCACGUCUCGGCUGUUCUGCAAAUCAGCAACUCGCUCUUGCCCGCUCUUGAGGAGCUCAAGACAGCGUUGGACGCCAAGAGAGCCGAGUUUGACGACAUCAUCAAGAUCGGACGAACGCACUUGCAGGAUGCCACGCCAUUGACUCUGGGUCAAGAGUUCAGCGGAUACGUCAAGCAGCUCGAAAACGGCAUCGAGAGGGUCAAGAGCGCCCUGCCGCGCUUGAGCCAAUUGGCGCAAGGAGGCACUGCAGUUGGAACUGGAUUGAACACCUACAAGGGCUUCGACGCUGCAGUGGCAGCCAAGAUUGCCGAGAUUACGGGCGUGCAUUUCGAGACUGCGCCGAACAAGUUCGAAGCUUUGGCAGCGCACGAUGCGAUUGUGGAAGCUAGCGGACAGCUGAACACUGUGGCUGUCAGCUUCAUGAAGAUCGCAAACGACAUUCGAUACCUCGGAUCGGGACCUCGUUGCGGGCUUGGAGAGCUGGCUCUGCCGGAGAACGAGCCUGGAUCAAGCAUCAUGCCUGGCAAGGUCAACCCCACGCAGUGUGAAGCCCUGACGAUGGUCGCUGCUCAGGUCAUUGGAAACAACACGACGAUCAGCGUUGCUGGUUCUUAUGGCCAGUUCGAACUCAACGUCUUCAAACCGGUGCUCAUCAAGAAUUUGCUGCAGAGCAUCAGACUCCUGGCAGAUGGAGCCAGAAGCUUUACCAAGAAUUGCGUCGUGGGCAUCGAGGCGAACAGACCUAGAAUUCAUCAGCUGCUCAACGAAUCUUUGAUGCUUGCCACCAUCCUCAACAGCCAUCUGGGAUACGAUUGUGAGUGAAAGUCUUCUUGACUGCGAAUCUUCAUAGAGGCGAGGGCAGACCGCAGCGUCUAGCAAAUUUGCAUGCUGCCACUUCACUGACCAAUCUUUCCCUUGUGCCUCGAUGCGCCGCGCCGCGCCGCGCCGCAGCUGUCGCCAAAGCGGCAAAGAAUGCGCACAAGAAGGGCAUCACCCUCAAGGAGUCGACGGUCGAGUUGGGCUUCCUGACGCCAGAGGAGUUUGACGAGAAGGUCAGACCCGAACUCAUGAUUGUAAGUGUGACUGCUCUGGGCUGGCCAUAAAGAGGGUGAAGUGCAUAGCUGAUCACCUCCUCCAUUGGCACCUCUGCUCAGGGCCCUAAUGACCCACCCAAAAAGUGA